AUGGCCGAGAAGCCAUCGGUCCUGAUCAUCGGUGGCCUGGGCUACAUAGGCCGCUUUCUUGCGCUGCACAUCCACAAGAACAGCCUUGCCUCCGAGGUUCGGUUAGUCGAUAAAGUGCUCCCGCAGCUAGCAUGGCUAGCGCCCGAAUUCGAGGAGGCCUGCGCUGCAGACAAGUUUAUGCAGGCCGACGCGAGUAGAGAACAGGCGCUAUCCCGGAUAUUCGAUCGUGCGGACGGGAAACAGUGGGACUAUGUGUUCAACUGCGGCGGAGAGACCCGUUACUCGCAGGAGGACGAGGUGUAUAAGCUGCGGUCGCUUGCCCUGUCGCUCGCCGUCGGCAGAGAGGCGGCGAAGCGCAAGGUCAAGUGCUUCGUGGAGCUGAGUACGGGCAUGGUGUACAAGGCUGAUUCGAAAGCAAGCGAGGAGGGCGACAAGCUCAAGCCUUGGAGUAAGAUUGCCGUGUUCAAGCUGCAGGCCGAGGAGGAGCUUGCCAAGAUUGAAGGUCUGAACCUCGUGAUUGUUCGUCUCGCGCACGUCUAUGGACCCUACGCGUCCCAGUGGGUCGCCACGAUGCUCUGCAUGGCGCGGACCUACAAGGCCCUCGACGAGGAGAUGAAGUGGCUAUGGACCAAGGACCUGAGGACCAACACGGUUCACAUUGAGGACGUGACGCGCGCUCUCUGGGCUAUCGCGGCCUGGUACGACGCCGGCAAGGCCAACUGGGAACCCGGCAUGGGCAAGACCCCCAUCUUCAACGUCGUCGACGACGGCGCCACGUCGCAGGGGACGAUGGCCGACCUGAUCGCCGAGGAAUUCGGCAUACAGACGGGCUUCCAGGGCCAGCUGAUCAGCACGUUUGCCAGGCUCAACAUGGACAGCGUGGUGGACGACGUCAACGACGAGAUCCUGCGGCCCUGGGCCGAGCUGCUCGCCGAUGCCGGCAUCACGAGACCGGGACCCCUGACGCCGUUCAUGGAGAAGGAGCUGCUCAAAGAUACCGACUUGAGCAUGGACGGGAAGAGGCUGAAGAAGGUGGUCGGGUUCGAGUACUCCAAGCCCAAGAUCACGAAAGAGCUGAUCGACGAGAUCAUCGAGAGCUACCAGAGGAUGAAGUGGUGGCCUUAA